UCUAGGGAGAUGUUAGAACAAGCAGAUGAGGAGGCUGAGAAAGAUCCAAUUAUCAAUGAUGCUUUUAAAUCAGUUCUAGGGGAACGUUCAUAUUAUUGUCGUGGUCUUGGUGCUGGAAUUCAACCAACAAAGGGAAAAUCCACUACAGCUUUACAUGGACAAUUAGUGAGUGAGCGAGAAAAGCGCCAGGGCUUAGAAAUGAAACUGGCAGAUGUUGAGACUCAACUUCAAGAAGAGCGUAGCAUGAGAGAAGAAAUGGCUGCGCGCAUUGAAGAUAGUCAAAGGCAACUCGAAGAAAGGGAAAAACAGUUUGAAGAAAAAGUAGAAAAACAACUUGAGGAAAGAAUGGAAAAGAAACUUGAGGAAAGGAUGGCAGCCUUCUUUUUUAGAUUCCACUCGGUUGGACAAUCUUCAUGAGGUUGAAACUACUGAGAAUAUGGUUGCACACAUGUCAAUUGGUGGCAUUUCAACUACUUUAUGAUGAUGUGCUCAACAAUUUUAGACAAGAAGUUGUGGUCACAGACCUUAUUUUUAGAUUAUAUAUAUUUGUAUUUUGUUUUUAUGGAAACAAUGUCUUUUA